GUUUGUGUCGCCUUGCGUCUCAUCUUGGGCGUUUCCGUCUCCAGCUCGCAGAGAACAAGUCCCUCUACGACAUGUGAGGCUGGCAACAGGAGGGGAGACGCUUCAAGCAGCAGAAGCUGCAGGGCUAGGGGCACUUCUGCUCCUUAUGGUACGGCGCAUAUCUUUGCGACGGCGACAUCGUCGACAUCAAGAUUUGCUGGAGGUUGUUCUUCGUGGGAUUUCUGCCUGGCUGCGGCCCGCAGGUCGUGAGGCCCUGGACCUGCGGCCCCUUGGGUCCUUCGGAGCCGAGGUGCGAGGCCUCGAUCUCAGUUCUCCGGAUUUGCCGUCUGGGCAGCUGCGCGCAUUGCUUUGGGAGCAUGGCCUCCUGCUGUUUCGUGAUCAGGACUUGCUGGAGGAG